CGAAACUUUGGCUGAAGUACGUGCACUGCAAACAAGCAUGUUCUUUUACUUCCUUUACACCUGAAACAGUCACCUAAGCUGUCACUUGGAUACAAAAAAACUCCAGUGUUCAUUAUUCAAAGCAUUUGGGCUCAUGAGGUACAAUACCUUGAGACUCUGCAAAGGAAAUGGUAAAGGGCAUUUUCACUGCUGUUUAAUAUGACAUUCUACAAGUACCUGCGGCUAAAACAGAACAAAACUGAGGUUAUAAGGAAGUAGACCUGCUUGUUACAGCUACGUGAAUUAGACAGUUUCCCCUUCUGCUACUACUGAAGACGAACAACAUUAUCUGGCUGAAACGAUGCUUUACAAGACUGGUGCCAACUAAAGUAACCUAAUCCAAAGAAGCAUAAUGUAAUGCAGUCCUCCAAUGGUUUCACGCAAGAAUAGCUGGCAAGACAAAACUACUUAAAACUGAAGGGCUUAUUUGUUCAAGCAUGGAUCCAGGUAUGCACCUUCCAGAUGCAACAAUUUCUUCAACUUCAUUCUAUACAAACAGCUCAUACCCACAACAGGUCUAUUCAACUGCUAGCACAAUCAAGAACAGCAGUGACACUGCUUGCAACAUAAGUAAUGGCUACUUAACAGUGAUUUUACCUGCCUCCUACUCCAUUAUUUUAAUCUUUGGACUGUUUGCUAAUAUACUGGCUAUUUAUGUGUUUGGAUGCAUUCAUCCCAAAUGGAAUUCCAUCCAAAUCUAUCUACUCAAUGUGGCAAUUGCCGACCUCUUGCUGAUUACCUGCCUUCCUUUUCGGAUAAUGUAUCACAGCAAUGGAAAUAUAUGGUUACUGGGCUAUACUUUCUGUAGGAUUGUAGGUGUUACAUUUUACAUGAACAUGUAUAUUAGCAUUGUACUGCUGGGACUUAUAAGUGUUGACAGAUACUUAAAAAUUACUCAGACAUUAACACAAUAUAAAACGAUGAAAACCAAACUGAGCAUUUUUAUCUGCAGUUUAUUGUGGGGAGUUUCAAUUACAGCAACCAUGCCAGAACUUUUAGUGACCGAGGAUCAGGAAAAUACUCUCAAGUGCUUCCAUUACAGAGACAAAAAAAAAGUGAAGUGGAAAGCAUACUUCAACUUGGCAAUAGUGCUUCUGUUCUGGGUAGUUUUCAUUUUUCUGGUCUUUUCCUAUAUUAGAAUUGCAAAUAAUCUUUACAAAAUUUCCAAAAGAAAGUCCUCUUUUCCAAACUCUGUAAAAUAUAACACCACAGCCAGGAAGUCAUUCAUAGUACUUUUCAUUUUCAGCAUUUGUUUCGUCCCUUAUCACACAUUCCGAUUUAUUUACAUCGCUUCACAGUUAACAGACUUUACAUGUUACUGGAAGAAUGUGGUUCAUAAAACUAAUGAGAUUAUGCUCCUCUUCUCGGCUCUGAACAGCUGCAUGGAUCCUAUCAUGUACUUCCUACUCUCGAACACAGUACGCAAAACUGUGUUCAGAAUCAUCUGCUGGAAAGUUCCAAAAGACAGUAGUCUAACAGAGAGCACUUCAGAAAUUAAACAGAAACUUUCCCUGCAGACUAAUCAGAGUGCCAUUGUUGACCUAAACACCCUUAGCAACAGCCAAGCCAAGGGACUGCUUAAUUCACUAAAACAUAAAUGAUGUGAUAUUGCCAUACAAUAUGCCAAGACUGUCAGACUGCAACCUCAGCUUCAGGGAAUGACUCCAUUUCAGCUUACCUUCACCUUCACUUAUCUGAACAUUAAAAAGCUGUCCAUAUUAAUUUCCAAUAUGGUAGAGUGUGGCUAAAAAUAACACUAGCAAAAAUUACUGAACGUACAAUAUAUAAGUAAUCAAUUAUCACAAAUAAAUAUAAAAAGGGUGCUGGAGUGCUUCUAUGAAUUCCAGAAGGUAAUCUGAGAGAGUUAAUAGAAAAGAAAAUGUAGGGCAAAGUACAGUGGAUGAGAUCAAUGCGGCCAGCAAGCAGAGCAAAAUCCAGCAGACCAGAGAAUAAAAGCAGUGGUCUCCUCAUAAGAAGAAAAAAUAAAAUAAAAUGCAGUGUCAGAAUUUUAAAGUCAGUGUAAAUCUGCCUGAAUUAAAGAAAACUGAAGAGAGGCAAGAAGUAUUAGUGAGACAUUCAGAUGAACUAUUACGGAUUCUGAAAUCAGAAAAAAAUAUAAAAGGGAAGCAGGUAGCACAGGAUGCAACACAAGAGGAAACAAUACAGAACAUGAAAGAACUGGAGGACUUCAGGUCACCCAGAAAUGGUGAAAGGAACAAAAUGUACAGAGAUUGAGUGUCAAUGUAUUAGUAAAUGGAAUCCCAGCCAGGAACUGCAACUGGAAAGAGAGCACCACGUUUAUGUCCCACAAAUGUAAAUGAAAAAGCAACCAAUUCUUAUACUAGUUAAAAUUCCAGAAAGAGAAAGUUUUGUCUAGCCUAUGGAAGGAGGAAAUAGAUUUAAAAGUUGGAGCAGCACAAAUCUUUAAAGAUAAUGAUUACUCUGUAUCGACAAGUUACAGUAGGAACAUAUUUCUUCCAACAAUUAGAAAAUAUAAAGACAUAAAGCUAAUAUAUCCAGCAAUAUUCAGACUUUAUUGUCCAACAGGAAUGAAAACGAAUACUUGAAGAUCUCUCUCAAAAAAAAAAAAAAUAUAUGAAGUUGCUGUCAGAAAAUAAAACUAUGAGUGUGACACUUGUGAGCCAUUAAGUCUGAAAUAAGGUGAUGCAGGAGAGGUCAUGGCAAGUGAAGCUGUUCCAUCUUUAAAAAGAAAAUGUUACAAAAGUAGCAGGAAGUAUAUGAAAAUAUAAAAUAAAAAAUGAAAGCAGUACAACUGAAUCUACAGCAUUAACUACCAUGAAAUACAGAGAAAGAAGAAAAAUGAAUAUCCACUGACUUCCAAAAGAUCUAGUUGGUUUAUAUGACUAUUCUCAAAGACUCUUACUGAAAUGUAUUACGUUAUUUGCUGAAAAGUAAAGUGGGUUUACCCUAUUGCAAUUAAAAAAAAAACUUAAAGUAUGUCAAUAUAUAUGAUUAAAUAAAAUGUCUUGAAAUAAAGCUAUAUGUUAAAAGGA